CGUCGAGGGGCUUUCUCCGCUGCAGAUAUCUGCUCCGCAGCUCCUCUUUACGAAGCUCUCUCUCUCGCUAGGGUUUUGGGGUUUGUGUUGCGCCUCUCUGCCUUUGUUCCGCCUCCCUCCUCGCCAAAUUCCGCACCUCUUCCCGUUGCUGUCGCGCCUCCCCAACCAUGUCGGUCGCCAGCAUGACCAUGGCCGUUUCUACUCCGCGCUUCGUCGCCGCUGUGGCCCGCGCUGAGACCAAUUCGAGUCGCCAUGGCUCGUUUUUGAGCAUGGCAGCCCCUGUCUCGGGCUCAUCUUUGAGCUGCGCGUUCUCUGCUUUCUCACUUGUGACCAAGCGCAGUGGCUUGAUUGGCGGGAUUGUCGCCAGGGCAUCUGACUUGGACAAGGAAUUGGACAAGCAGUUGUAUGGAAGUGUCACGGAUGAUAUCAUGGGAGGCGCGGUUGACAAUGACAGCGGGUUUAGUAACGACGGCAUUGCGGUGUCUGGGGUGGAUUCUGUUGCCGACGGUGGCAGUAGCGACGUUGCAGCCCCUGUUGCGGAGGAGGAGCAAUUUGAAACGAAGCUGUACGUGGGGAACUUACCCUGGACGUGCGACAGCGCCCAGCUUGCUGAGAUUUGCAGUGACCACGGUACUGUGGAUGUUGUGGAAGUCAUUUAUGACAAAAUUUCUGGGAGGAGCCGAGGAUUUGCGUUUGUGACUAUGGCGACUCCUGAGGAUGCCCAGGCUGUGAUCAACGCGCUUGACGGAACGGACAUGGGGGGGAGACCCUUGAAGGUGAACUACCCCCAGUCGCAGAAGGACAAGCCUCGCGUGGAGCGGUCGGAAAGGCCCAGGGAUGAUGCUAAUAAGUUGUUUGUUGGCAACCUUUCAUGGGGAUGUGAUGAAGCUGCUUUGUACUCGUUUUUCUCAGAAUACGGAACUGUGGUGGAUGCCAAGGUUGUGUUUGACAGGGAUUCUGGAAGGUCCCGUGGGUUCGGUUUCGUGACGAUGGAAAGUGCGGCUGCGGCUAAUGCUGCUAUUGAGAACCUGGACGGCGCGGAACUCGAUGGGAGGCGGUUGAGAGUGAACUUGGCUGGAGAGAAGCCCCCAACCAGAGAGUAUGAACCAUCAUCACCCAGAUCAGACAGGUCCGGGAGCAGGGACCGCAGACAGAGGGAUGGUCCUAACAAGCUGUUCGUUGGCAACCUGUCCUGGAGGUGCGACGAGGAGGCUCUUGAGACUCUAUUUUCGGAUUACGGAAGAGUUCUGGAAGCUAGAAUUGCGACUGAAAGGGACUCUGGUAGGUCACGUGGAUUUGGGUUCGUGACUUUGUCCAGUGAGACUGAGGUUAACGCUGCCAUUGAGAGCCUCGACGGCGCCGAUUAUGACGGUAGGGAAUUGAGAGUGAACUUGGCUGGAGACAAGCCCCCACCCAGAUACUGAGUUCAGCGGAUUUUGAGAGGCAGUUGCACAUGCUCUUGUAGCAACGUCUAGCAGAAUCAAUUCUUUAUGUGUAGGAAUCAAAGUAGGAUUAGUUGACUGGGUUGUAUGGAUUAGAUUAGUAACUUGAGAACAAAAUAGUUUGCAGGCUUUUUGCGGUUGGAGCCAGCAGAAAUCUCGCACUUCUGAAUGCCGGGUGAAUGCACACAAGCGCAGUGUUUAACUUUUUGAUAUAAUCUGACAAUUUUGUCUCUUCCACAUGUUUUAACUCA